AUGUCGCGCGCUCGCGUCCUCAGUGGAAGGGCAUCUGUCGAGACUGAGCAGGCCAUGACCGAGGCAUGGCAUAGGUUCAUCGACACCCUGCGCGGCAUGGAGCGCCAAGAUGGCGGUGCCGACUCGGACCGUCGCGGCGCGCUCGCCCAGAAGGAGAGACUUGACGUGGCGAUUGAUCAGAUCACUGCGCUGAUCGACCUGCGUCGCAACGCCGCUAAUGGGGGCGAGACGCCGCGCGCUUCGCCCCCAGUUGAGGGCCUCCUCACUCCUCCCUCAGGCGUGAAGCGUAAGCGACGGCCGAGCGUCAUGUCGGCGUCACCAGCGCCGCCGACGCAAUCCGAGCUAUCCUCGCUCCCCUCGCCACAGGUACGUGCAGGCACGCCUGCGCGUGAGCAGAAACGCGCGCGCGCCGAGAGUGAACAGAUGCCGUUGCGCCCCGGACGCAAGAUUGUCGUCAAGCAGAAGUCUGGCGCGCACGGCGGCAAGGUCAAAGACGAGGAGGACGAGUGGAUCCUGGGUAUUGUGCGCAAGAUGGUCGGCGAUAAGCGCUACGAAGUCCAGGACGCCGACGAUACCUCUCUCCGCUGGUCUGCACGCCUGCGCGACAUUCUCCUCCUUCCCGAUCCCGAUGCGCCAGUAUCUAGUCCCUCGCACCCGUCCAACCUCGAGGACUUUCCGCGCGGUACCCAGGUCCUCGCACUGUAUCCUGAGACGACGAGUUUCUACCGCGCAACUGUCGUGUCCCCCCCAAUUCCCGGUACGGGGAUGGGGCGGACCGCGCGCGGAGCCAGGCCCGAUUCAAGCGCAAAGUCUGGCCAGUACCGCCUCGCGUUUGUUGAUGACGGCGAUAGCGUGCUCGACGUGGACAAGGGUUACGUCAUCAUGCACCCCGGUGACCGGUAG